GGAGUGUCAUUUAAUAAAUGGGAGUUUCCUCUUUUCCCCUCCACCUCCUUCCAGAUCCUCCCCCUCCUCCCACCUUCCUUGCCACCUCCCCGUGCUUUCUCUCCCCCCACCCACCCUAUUCUCCACCUGUAACUUCUCCCAAGCAUCCCCCCUCUUCGUCAUCAACCCUUUAGGCUCAGAAGCCCCAACCCCCCAGUUGGCCUUACUUGGAGGACCGGGUGGGGAGAGGGGCUCGGAGAUCCCAAAUGGCUACGGGGGCUUCUGAGGCCAAUAAUGGAGCCUUGAGCUGCAGUGGGUUCCGGGGGUUGGGAGAGGGAGCUGGCUCAAGAGUGACAGCCCAUCUCGGGGGGGACGAGGACGACCGGCUCCGGGUCCGACUCUCCCCGACCCGGAGCAGCAGCCGUGACCUUGAGCUGGAGGCGGGGGCGCGGAGGGGACCGGGCCCCGCGGGGCAAGUGCGCCCCGCCCCGCCCCGGCCUCUCCCGCCUCGCCGGCCCCGCCCCCCGCGGCCGCGUCUCCUCCCCCCACUGCAGCGCUCGCCGCGCUCGCCCAGCCGUCAGCCGCCGCCGCCGCUUCGGCGCAGACUGCUAAGCUCAGCAAGUCUUGCGGCAAAGGCACUUCGGACCGAGUUGGGGCCGGGGCGGAGCGGGGACCCCGGGCCCCGGGGGAACGGACGCCCCUCUGCACCGUGGCCAGCGCCCCGCCCUUACAGCCCGCCGCCCCCUCACUUCGGGGACCCGGGAUCCCUCCUGCCUGGCCGCUCCGUCGAUCCCCUCUGCCACCAUGAGGAACAUCUUCAAGAGGAACCAGGAGCCCAUUGUGGCUCCUACCACCACCACCGCCACAAUAUCAACCGGGCUCUUACCCAACUCUACUGAGAGUGGGGGCGCUGGGGAGAGUAAGGAGGACAUGUUUGCCAAGAUAAAGGAGAAAUUCUUCAAUGAGAUCCAGAAGAUCCCCUUACCACCCUGGGCACUGAUCGCCAUUGCUGUGGUCGCUGGCCUCCUGCUCCUCACCUGCUGCUUCUGCAUCUGCAAGAAGUGCUUCUGCAAGAAGAAGAAGAACAAGAAGGAGAAAGGCAAAGGCAUGAAGAAUGCCAUGAACAUGAAGGAUAUGAAAGGGGGUCAGGACGAUGACGAUGCAGAGACCGGCCUGACAGAGGGAGAAGGUGAAGGAGAGGAAGAGAAAGAGCCAGAGAAUCUGGGCAAACUGCAGUUUUCCCUGGAUUAUGAUUUCCAGGCCAACCAGCUUACCGUUGGCGUUCUGCAGGCUGCUGAAUUGCCUGCCCUGGACAUGGGAGGCACCUCAGACCCUUAUGUCAAAGUCUUCCUUCUUCCAGACAAGAAGAAGAAAUACGAGACCAAAGUCCAUCGGAAGACACUGAACCCUGCCUUCAAUGAAACUUUCACCUUCAAGGUACCAUACCAGGAGCUAGGAGGCAAAACCCUGGUGAUGGCUAUCUAUGACUUUGACCGCUUCUCCAAACACGACAUCAUUGGGGAGGUAAAGGUGCCUAUGAACACCGUGGACCUUGGCCAGCCCAUCGAGGAGUGGAGAGACCUGCAGGGCGGGGAGAAAGAGGAGCCAGAGAAGCUGGGCGACAUCUGCACCUCCCUGCGCUAUGUGCCCACGGCCGGGAAGCUCACCGUCUGCAUCCUGGAGGCCAAGAACCUGAAGAAGAUGGACGUAGGCGGCCUUUCAGACCCCUACGUGAAGAUCCACCUGAUGCAGAAUGGCAAGAGGCUCAAGAAGAAGAAGACGACGGUGAAGAAGAAGACCCUGAACCCCUACUUCAACGAGUCCUUCAGCUUUGAGAUCCCCUUCGAGCAGAUUCAGAAAGUCCAGGUGGUGGUCACCGUGCUGGACUAUGACAAGCUGGGCAAGAACGAAGCCAUCGGCAAGAUCUUUGUGGGCAGCAACGCCACGGGCACAGAGCUGCGACACUGGUCCGACAUGCUGGCCAACCCCCGGAGGCCCAUCGCCCAGUGGCACUCGCUCAAGCCCGAGGAGGAGGUGGACGCACUCCUGGGCAAGAACAAGUAGGCAGCAGCGGCCGGGACCCCGCGCCAUGACAGACACGGACAAGAUCCAGAGCUAUCAAUACCUCAGUUAUGCGACCUUAGAGGUUUUCUUUCUCAUUUGUUUGUGGCUGUGUCCCUGUUCUUCCUUCCUUUUCUCUUUUUAAAGACCGACUUCCCUCUGAUGGCCGUGUGAGGAGAGUCCCCUAACAGGUGAAAGAGAAGCCUGGCUCUUUUCUUCGUCCCAGGAGCUGUCCUUGCUGCAUGCCCUGUCACGUGUCCCUCUCACUUCUUCAAAGCUUCACUGAAGCCUCACCCUGAGUGAAGCCCUCUUCCGGCAGAAAGUCGCAGCCCUUCCUGUUUUUUGAGCGUUCUGGACCAACAAAAUGGCAGCACAUCCUGUUUCCUGACAGGAAAGGCGACACAGUGGCCUAUGCUGUGUGUGUGUAUGUGUGGGUGUGAACGCGUGCGUGCGUGUGCACGCGUGUGUACGCAUGUGCGUGCAUGUGUGUGAGCAUCUCUCUGCGUUCCUGGAAUGAGCCAUGGACGGUAAAGUUGUGUGGGAAGAGAAGGCUCUUCACGGACCCUGAAAUGAAGACACGUCCACUGUCUAAGUGGGAGAUCUUCCGUCAGCUCGUGGAGAGGGCUCAGAAUCCUGGUCAGAAGCCAGAAGCUCCCGUACUCCUUGUGGGUGGCUAUCUGGGAGACCAGAUGUGGAGACUGGAUUUGUCCAGAACUAGGACCAAACCCCUGAUGCCAUCACAGACUUCCUCCUGUCAGGCAUAGUUUCCCCACAAGUGUGGUUUCUGGGACAUUCAUGGACAUGAACUAUUCACUAGAUUGGUCAGGCUCUAACAGGGACCAUCACUCCUGGGACCUCAUAUGUUGAUGACAGUUAACAUCAAACUAUGAAGAAACAAGACCCAUUACCUAGAAAGACCAAAUGAAACUCCUGGAUCUUCUUCACUCCCUUCCAGUGGGAAACACAGAUGCUUUCUCCCUUUCCAGAAUUUAAGCUAUGCUGUUCAUUUGCAUUGAUUCCCCAUGAUGCUUUUGCUUCUGUUUUCUCUUUUAAUCUAAAUGGAGCAACGCUAUCUGAAGACUGUUAUCUGUACAGAGCCAGAGAACUCUAAAAGAAGGUUUAAAUAUUCUUAGUUCCCCUGAGGUCCAGGUAAGAAGGGGAGGAUGGCGGACAGAUGGCAGAGAUUUCCCGGAUGAGAUAGGUAGGAGUGCUGAGAUUCCCCCCAGCUCCCACUCCUCUGCCUUCCAUGCCAGACAGCUUAUGGGUAACUGGUGUGGCCCAAGGAGACCUGUGGGGAGGCCCCAUCCUACCAUUCCUUAGGGAGGCUUCUCUCUAUGAAUGCCAAGAAGCAGGAUAUCCAUUCCAGAUGGGUGGUGGAGGACACCUGCUGGGGUUUCUACCCCGCACUCAGUUGUGUCCCAUUCCCUCUUCAUCUUUUGUUCCCAGCACUGAUAAAAAGCCAUAUAUAUGUUAGUCAAGUUUGCACUGAGCCUCCUUCCAAACAUUCAGCCUGGGCAAGAGAGUUAGGCCCCACAUGGCCUGAGGCCAGCACCACUUCCUUCCGCCCCUUCCUCCCAUCCUUGCCUCCCUUCCUUCAGCCUCUCUCUUCCAUCAAUGAAGCCCUGAGGCCCCUGCCACUUCUUCAUCACAGAAUACUCAUAGCUUUCUCAGAACCUUGGGGAUCUCUCUCCCGGCAAAAAUUCCUGUCGUGCCCCAUCUGGGCCACCUCAGCUUCCUAUAGGUACCUGAGAUAGAUGGACAGUGUUAGAGAAAAUCAGGCUUUGAGGAUCCACAUGAAGAAGGUGCAGAGUGUCUUUUUAUCUUGUUAAAAGAAAGAUGGGUUUUUUGUUUCUGCUGUGCCAUAUUUUUUGGUUAGAGUAGGGGAUGAGGGAACACCUCCACCAGAACCAGACUGGGAAGCGGGUUUCAGGCUUGUUCAUCUCUCAGAGACCCUUCUCCUUCUUGCUAGUGGCCCUUGGUACAUGGGAGAUUGUAUUUUACUGGACCCUGUGUGAGUGUGGGUGUGUACUUAAUGAUGAGAAGGUUGGACUCUGACAAGGACUGUGAGCUUUGGUCCUUGGGACCAGAGUUUUGGUCAUGGUAGAGAGUUGUAGGAAAAUAGGGUGCCUUCAGAAUCUGGCUGACUGCAGCAUAAGAUGUCCUGGUAUGGACAUCAGAAGUCACUGGACUCUUCUCCCAUCCCCAGAGCUGUGGGAUUUUGGUGCUUUCUCAGGGUCUCUCUCCCCAGCAUAUCCCACAACCCUUGUUCAUAGGACCUCCCUGUCAAUCUCAUCUUCCUUACCUUCAUUCUUUUGCCCUUUCCCAAUGUACUUUCUACUACGUGAGAGUCUUCUCUGCCCAUGAACCUCAUUCAGCCCUUCCAGAGCCCAAGAUAUGCCACUCUCCUGAUGGGGAGGAAAGGAAAUGGUGGGUGCCUCUGGUGGUUUGGGUGUCCAUGUGCCAGAAGACGGGCUGGGUUUUGUUACUCUGGGCUCACCUCUAGUGAGCAGCCUUGAGGGGUGGGGACAGGUUGCUGAGAGACUGAGUGUGGGCAACAAUUCCUCCCUCCCACCCACCUAGGUUCCGGCUGGUCCUCGGAUGGGCACUUGGCCCAGAUGAGCCAUCCUAGUGAAGGCAUCUGUCCAGGUCCAUGAACUAGGCAGGUGAACAUACCUAUGCUUGUAAGUUUUCUACAUCUGAGGGGUGAUGUUACCUGAAGCACGGAGCAUCGUUCUGGACCCUCACUUCCGUGCAGGUUUAUUUCUGGGGAUGUUAGGAUGCUGGGGUGUAUGCCCUAAGUAGGAGAGAGUUAGUUCUGGCUAGUGAGGGGUUCUGGAGGCCUCUGAGGCUGUGAGUUCUCACUCCCAAAGUCUAUUGCAGACAGGAAAAUAGGAUAGAAGUGAUUUUUUCCACAUGAACUGAGACCAUAAAGACCCAAACCCAAUCCCACCCAGAACUGGGGUGAGGCCAGAAGGCUCAGUCCUCUCCUUUUUGCUUGAAUAAUCAUUCCAGAAGAGAAACUAACUCUGCCAGAGCCAUAUGCAGAUUUUUGGACUUUGGAAGCGGAAGCUGAGGCCUGGGGGAAGCAGGGUAGAGAACACUCGGGCAGCCCCAGAGAGUGAGUGAGCAGGUGCUUCGCAUGAACAAGAGAAGUGCCUUUGCAGGGAUCCCUCAGCUGGAGGAUGGGACAGCAGGGAUUAGAGCAUAGUCUCAGAUCCUGAUCUUUUUUUCUUCCCAGGAAACCAUACAUAGCUGUGGUUCUGCAGAAUCAGUCUAGGAUGAUUUUGCUGGCCCAGGGCUCCAGUGAGAGAGAAGGGAGAGGUUGUAGCAGUCCUCCUGUGGAUAAAACCAGCUCCCUGAAAAACCAGCCUCCAUGCAGUGGGGUGGUGGUGGGUGAGCAGAGAGGUUGAGAAACCUCCCCUGGGGUUGGGAGUGAGAGAUUCCACAUUCCUUUAACAUAUGCUAAUUCUUGGUCUCACCCAACCACAUACAGAGAGAGACUGUCCUUUGUCCCUCCACACAAAGGUAGGAAGCGACAGAGCCAGGACCUGCCCUCCAACCCUCCACUCUGUCCCUACUCCCCUCCCCCUUCCCACCUGAGGCUGGUUGGGGGCCCUUUCUCAGAGCCCUGGCUGGUGGCAGGCAGGGAAGAGUCCCAAGGCCUGGUCUUCGUGGCCCAGAGUCCCACGACAUGGUUGUCAGAUUUGGCAAAUAAAAAUACAAGAUACCCAGUUCGAUUUGCAUUUCGAUAAACAGUACAUAAUUUUAAAGUCUAAGUAUGUCUUAGGCAAAUUUGGGACAUACGAUACAAAAAGUGAUUUGUUGUUUAUCUGAGAUUCAAAUUUAACUGGCCAUCCUGUGUUUUAUCUGGCACCCCUAUUCUAUGACCACUUCCCCCCUCUCCCCCUCAGUCCCAGGGGGCCAGAGACUGGUCACCAAGGAUCUUACUUAACCUGCUUUUCGAGCUGCAAUAUUGAGAAGGGGACACUGUGACUUGAAGACACACGAAUAUACUUUAUUUUUUAAGUGACAACAAAACAAGAACCUUCUGAAGCCAUUUGAGCCUCAUGACCCCCUCCGUGCGCAUUUAGUUAUAUAUAAAAGAAGAUAGUGAUCUAUAAACCUAUGAACUGAAUCUUGUUUACUCAACAUGCAUGUCUCUGACUUUCUGUAAAUAGCCGCAUGGCCAUGCUGAGAGUCCCCCUAACCCCUGCCCUUGACCCCACUUUACACAACUCGUUGAGGUCGCCCCUUCGAUUUUAUGUCACGUAAAGUCUUUGUCCCCAAGCCCCACCCUGUCUCACCCCAUCGGGAACCCCCCAGUGGGAGCCACCGGCUGGGGGCGUCGGCGUCGGUUUCGGGCUCGGGCACCAGCCCUGCCUUCGGGGACGUGGGAGGACACUGGCGCCCCGAAGGCCCGUCCCCACCGCCUGCUGCACAUCCGUCUGCAGAGCUGACCCUCAGUGUAACGUGCGCUGUGUCCAGCCCGGGGUCUGCUGUCCCGGGAGCUUCUGUGUCCCGCGUAUGUGUGCGGUGUGCCCCUUCCUCCCACUGUAUGAAUUCACUGAAAAGCCAUAAAGGGGGCCUCCUGCUGGAGACCGCCCUUGGUUCCUCCCAGGAGCCCCCCGUGUCCCUCCGACUGGCUCCCCACAGAACACUUGUGAAGGGCUCACCUGCUGUCACCCCUCCCGCUCUCUCAGCCCCGUGUCACGAGGACGGAUGGCGUCCAGGGCUUCUGGCCGAGUCCCAGGAGGCGUCCGGGCUGGCCCUGCCCAAGCGGGCUCCUCCACCUGGAUUUGACAGUCCAACUCCAUCUCCAUCCUGCGUGUGGACAGGGCAGUGGGGGGGACGCCACAGUUUCGGGGCACUGAGGAGGCACCCAGGAUUUUCGGGAGCAGCUAGUCAGCGGCUCAGGUUCCCACCCCCUCGGGCUUGACAGAACCAGCCCUGCUUCUGUAACACAGUGGGGUCAGGGCCGUGGGUGGCAAUGCAGGAAGGCCUCUGGGGGCGGGGGUGCACUGGAGAACGCAGUGGGUUAGGCUCUUCCCACCGUGCUCCCUCCUGCAGGCUGACAGCGCCCAAGAGUGGGUGGCCUGAGGCCUGCAGACCCCCCCAGCCAGGAGCACCCUGUGGUAGAGAACUGGGGGAGCAGAGCUGGGGGCUCUGCAGGUCCCACAUCACUCUGUUGUACCAGGACGGGCAUGUAAGCUCCCAGCCUGCAGCUCCUGGCCCCAUGGGCACGGCCGAGGGCAGACAACUCAUGGGAAUAAUGCUAGGAGGCCUCGGGCAUGGCGACUGGUAAGCG